GUAAGGUCUCCGCCGGCGAAAAAGCUGCGAGCGCGCUCCCUCGUCAAACGUGAUUUCAUCUCAGGGGCAAUCAGCAAAAGAAGAGCUCGACGACUUUUCAAUCGGAAACCGCGCUAUCGCAAUCGGAACUUCCGCUCUUUUAUUUUUUUCUCUACCUGACUUCAGUCAGGUACCGUAUUUCUUUCAAAAGACAUCUCAGAUCAAGAAGAGAAGAGUCACACGCCUGUGUCUGCGCUUUUACCUGAUUCGGUCCAUCGCGGAUGUAACUGUCGAAGCGGUUUUCCUAUUCAGGACCCGUUAACUCUGUGGAAGAUCAGUGUUCAAACCGUUCAAACUUUGUUAUGAGUCACGCCGAAUGGUUUCGUUGCUCUUGAUUAUCACGCGACAUUGUCAGACAAUUGGUGGGAUUCCUGCAGUGACCCAGACUUUCAUCGGCCCUGGUGGUAUCUCUCCAUAAAAGGACUUAUCCAUAGAAACCAGCUCACGAGCAUCACGCACGAUUAUUGCUAAGGGUCUAUUUGGGGAAGAAAAGAAGAUGAUGAAAAGGCACUGAAGAAAUAAUCAAAUCAAAAUGGAUUUCCAGCACUGACUCAAAUUUAGAGGAUACAGGUUUCAGAGACUCCGUGAAAAGAGAGUAAUAUAUAAUGAUGUUUCUUGGAAGUAAUAAAAAUAUUUACAAGGUGAAAGUGUGGAUGAGAGUUUAAGGAAAAUGUAAAAUCGUAGUAGGUAUCUCAAAGGGAAUACAUAAAUUUCUUGAUAAUGGUGUGUCAUGUAAGAAACCUGGUUUACCAGUGGGUUAAGAUGUCCUUGAAGUCAGCCAACGCACUCUACAAACCACGUUACAUCGAUGGUCCACCCACUCACAGAAAUCCUAGUGGUGGUCUCUGAACGUCUCACCUUCUUUCUGCCUGAGAAUCCUCAAGGAGAAUUACAAUCGUAUACACUAUUCCAAGUUUCUCAGUAUAUUUGCUUACGAGUUCCAUCACACAAGGAUAAGUUAAGAAUAAUAAGAGUGCAUACUAUGCAUCGGGUAAACAAAGACGUGUUUUCCAUGAAAGACUGACUUUUCUUUAACGAGAAAAUGGAAUUAGUACUGUCUCCUGGAUAUAUAGGAGACAAUGAUGGAUCUCCGUUUCACAACGAAGAUAUUCGUGAAUGGUCACACGUGGAUCGUCUUACUGGCAUGCUGGAAAAUGCCCGCAUUGAGACGGGAAGGUGGCAAGCCAGAAAUAAAGUUGCUGCUCAAUCUUAUGGAAAGGUAAUAGACUCAAGGGAACGAAACUCAGCCGAUGGAAAUUUGGUCCAGCGAGCUCAACGAAAAGUUGAGGUAUUUCAAAGUCAAGGGGUGGGAGGAAAAUCGAUUCAAGUCGUGCGAGCAUCUCAAUGGUCUUCCUCAAGAGUCUCCGAUUUGAUUCAUUGCAGUCCUCUAACGAAAUCGGCAACCGAACACCACCCGAGCGAACUCGACAGUGGCAUAAAAUCAAGACUGAACGAUUGGGGUUUGAGCAAGGAUAGCCUAAUGUUGGAUCCGUUGUCUUCCCUCUGUCGAAAAUUGCACUCCGAAGUAGUCAACAAUAGUCAUUCCCUACCACUAUUCGGGCAAAGUUCUGCCCUCCUGACUGACCAGAAAUUAAGCAAUACUUUCGAUGUCAUCGAUAGAAACAAAUACUCGACCUUCACGAUCAACGAGAAGAAAAGCAAUUCGAAUGAAAAUCUCGCUAGUCUGAUCGAAGAAGAGGAUUCUCUUCCCUCAUUAAAUUUUACCCGAGACUACAGAGUUAGACGCUCUUUGCAGUUGUCGAGCAAGAAGAAUCCCAAGGAUACGAAUUACACCGGACGUGUGAAACUUUCAGAUAUCAACACAGAAUCGUUAGAAUCAUCAGAAUUUAAUAGCUCAAAACUUCCAGAGUUGACAAACUCCGAAAUCCGACUGAGAACAAAAGCUCAUUUAGAAGAAGAUAAUCAUGGAAAGGAUUCUUACACCUCGUCUGAAUCUUCGCCAAGAAGCACAUACGUUGGUAGAAAUUCUAACAUUUCCAGGACCCGUUCACCAGGAACUGUAAUUACCAGAAAAGCCACUAUCGUCAGUAAUCCCAAACCACUGACUUAUUUCUGUCAGGAUCCUCUCGAAAAGAAUAGAGAAUCAUUAGUCGAAGUUCAGAAGCCAACGUCGAUUCGACUCGGUGCUCAAGAUACAAGUCGACCACUUGCUUCUAAUAAAACGAUAGUGCACUUGGGCAACCCAGAAGAGGAAUCAACAGGUCACAUAAAAGUUACUAUAGAUUUGAAAAAUACCCCUGAGAAUGAUGCCAUGACAGAUUUGAACUCUCAGGAGAGCAAUGUCUUAUUCUUAUCAGACUGCUCGGCAAAACCGACGAAAAAAGUUUUAUUUUGUAAGACUGAGGUGCACUUUGUUGCGGAUUCUGGAAAGGUGAAUAUUGUAGAAACUGAUGGCAAACCUCCUCCGACAAAUCGAUUUCGAAGAAGACGUCGGAAUAGUAACAGUAAUAGCAAUAUCAGUAACAACAGUCCUGGGAUUUCUGCGAAUAAAAAUUUACCGGUUGUUCAUUUUGGUGAUACUUCAUAUGAAAAGUAUAUAUUUGGAGCGACCAAGAAACGAGUUUCUGAAGAGCCACAAACAGUGGCGAAUCCGACACAGUUGAGGGAAGAGGAAGAUUAUAUUAAAGACUGGCCUUUGAAGUCGAGUUUGACUUUGGAAAACGAUAGUGAUUUAAAGAAAAAAGAAUUUAGUACUGAAAACGAUCAGAUAAAUACUCAAGAUAAAAUUAUAGAUCAGAGGCAUAGAGGGCACACGACAACUGUUAAUUUCGGGGCUAAUGGGUUUUGCAAUUUGAGGAGCGUAAUGAGAGAUGACACCUCCAAACUUAGCAAUGUGGAAGAAGUUGCACUCGAAGCCCCCAAAAUCAUAUCCGCCUUGGAUUUAUUGACUCGAAAACUUGACCAUAAAACGGAAAAGCUCAAUACUAAACCCCGUUCUUUAGAAACAGAAUGUAGUGAAGAAAUGAUAGCAGAAGAAGCUCAAAUCCUGUUAAAGCAUGUGCCUAUUCACAUGCCAGUGAUCGCCAGAGUGGAUUUUGACCACUCGCCAAAAUUGAUCAACAGGUGUAAUAAAAGAUCAGGCACCCUCUCCUCCUUGUAUCCAGUAGAUAAAAUAGAUGAUGGGGAAAUGAUUUCGCCUCGUUUAGUAAAAUCGAACGAGAUGGGAAAAAUCUCGUCCCGUUUGGCAAAAUCAAACGAAGUGGAUAAAAUGUCAUCCCGUUUGGCUAAAGCAAACGAGGUGGAAAUGAUCUCCCCUCAUUUGAAAAAACCGAAUGAAGUAGACAAAAUCUCACCUCGUUUGACAAAAUCGAUUGAAGUAGAAAAAAUGUCCUCUCGUUUGAUAAAAUCGAACGAGAUUGCAAAAGGGUGUCCUGAAACUGUGCCUACUAUGCAUGAAGCCAAAGAUUUCUGUGAUGUUAGUCCUGGAACGAAUGAACAAAUCUGUGAUCCUAGUAUCUUCACUCCUCUUUAUGCCAACGUCUUUGACUCUGUCAGGAAGGACGUGCCAAUUUAUGAGAAUUUCCAUGUUAAAAGCAACUCUGAUGCAGAGCUCGGUCCCAAGAAAAUCAAAGGUCACGAAGAAUCAGAGGCAAAAGUGGAAUCCUCAAUAGCAGAACGAGAAGAAAAACCUGAGAAAAUACAAACGCAGGUUAAACAAAAGUCUGUUUUAAGCAGAACUGGUUCUGCCAGUAAGAACAAAAGUGGGACCGAGUCCAAUAAAAGUCCACCAGUAAGGCGGAGAAAGAAGGAUAUAAUUGUUAACAAAGAAAAGAAAAUCGAGGACUUGGACGAAGUAAAACGAGUUUAUAGUAAGAAUUCAUCAGAAAUAUCAGAGUCACGAGGGAAAGCUAAAAAUACAGAGGAUGGAAAAUUAAAAAGUUCUAAGACAUCUUCAGUAAAAAAGGAUUUGAAAAGAACUGGAUCUAAGUCACGUAAUUCUAAGCAUUCGGAUUUGGGCGCCGAAAUAAGUCCGCAAGUUGAAACCACAGGCAUAAUAAAAACGAAAAAGCCAGUAGAAGUUGUUUACAAAACAGCAAUAUACAACAUGAAAAACGAAAAGUUUUCAAAACCUACAAAGACGAAAGAAUCGAAGGGUCCACGUUAUAUAAACGAUAUAAUUUGUGGAAGUAAAGAGAGAAAACAGCCUGUUGAUAAACAUAAGAAAACGAAUGCUUCGUCCCAGCAUAAAAGUACUAAAGGGACCUCACUAACAUAUCCGAAAAAAAUUUGAAGAUGAAGUUUCGCGAGAUUAAAGAAGAUAAGCUUCUUGUGUUUCGAAAGUGAUAAUUAAUGCUAAUAAAGUUUUUGAAUAUCCUAAUUAAUAAGCAGAAUAAUUGUUCCUUUUUCUAAAGUGAUUUACUAAGACUUUACUUAUUACGUAAGUGAUUUAAUCUUAUA